AUGUUCCAUGGAUUGCCAAGUGAAGACCCCAUUGACCACCUUGAUGAGUUUGAUAGGCUUUGUGAUUUGACAAAGAUCAAUGGUGUCUCUGAAGAUGCCAUCAAGCUGAGACUCUUUCCUAUGUCUCUAGCUGACAAAGCUCACCAAUGGGAGAAGAGCUUGCCCCAUGGCACAAUCACCACUUGGGAUGAAUGCAAGAAGGCCUUUCUUGCUAAGUUUUUCUCCACCGGUCGCACAGCCAAGCUUAGAGGAGAGAUAUCCAGCUUCAUCCAGCGAAACAAUGAGACAUUCGCAGAGGCUUGGGAGAGGUUCAAAGGCUACACAAGUCAGUGCCCACACCAUGGAUUCAACAAUGAAUCACUACUCUCCACUCUUUAUAGAGGAUGCUUGCCUAGGUAUAGGGAGAUGCUAGACACAGCUAGCAAUGGGAACUUCCUCAACCAGGAUGUAGAUGAUGGCUGGCAACUUGUGGAGAACAUGGCCAUAUCAACAGAAUGCUAUGGAGAGCACUAUGAAAGUACAGAUGGAGCUCGACCGCACUCGAUCGAGCUGGACGCUCAGAUGAGAAAAGACAUGCUUGCACUCAACUCGAAGUUGGACAAACUGAUCCUAGCCCAAUUCCCUGCCAAGCAUGUCAACUAUGUCUCAGAACAAACCUUAGUCAAGGACCAGGAAGGGGAGGAGACAACACAAGAAGUUUGCUACAUUCAAAAUAGACAAGGAAGCUAUAGGAAUCCUCAACAAGGGCGAUACAACAAUUAUCAAGCCCCCUGGCCGCACCACAACAAAGUUCCACAAGGCUUCAACACAAGGACUACUCAUACCCAACCAACUCAUGAUUGGGAUAUGAAGGAAAUGCUCCAACAACUUUUACAAGGGCAAGCCAAAGGUUCUCUGGAAAUGAACAACAAGCUGGUUGAGAUACACUCUAAACUAGAGUCAUUGACUUCAAGAGUCCAAAUCAUUGAGUCUUCAAGUGCAUCAUCCUCUUCACCACAAGAAGCUCGAUCGAGCCAGAAGAGAGCAGACAAAGCAAACUCCAGCCAACCAGCUAAACCUGUUGCAAAGAAGAAAGACACUCCAGCAGGACCACCACCAUACAAGCCCCCUCUGCCCUUUCCAGGAAGGUUCAAGAAACAACUGUUGGAAGCACACAAGGCCAAGUUUGAUGAACUAAUGAGACAGCUUGAGUUGAAGUUGCCCUUCAUCGACGCCUUGAUGCUCAUUCCACCUUAUCAGAAAUUUCUGAAGGAUGCUGUUCAGCAAAGAACCAGGGAAGCACAAGGGAUGGUAGUGUUGACUCGCGAGUGCAGUGCAAUCAUUCAGCGGAAGGUCAUCUCCGACAAAAAGGAAGAUCCGGGGAGUUUCACUUUGCCCUGCAUGUUGGACCCCUAUCUUUCAAAAACAGUCUCUGCGAUCUAG